UUCGGGACAGUCUGUGUGGGUCGGGGUCGUUUUUGUUCAUGUGUAACUUUGAAGGGGCCUGAUUUUUUAUUUUUUUUUCACCCCAAGAUUUUUUAAAUCAACUUUAGCUUUCCACCAUCGACUGACAGGCCUGCAGAAUGGCGGACUGGAAGGCACAGAUAAAUUACAACUAUAACCCAUCUUACCAUGCCUACGCUUACGGCCUCAUGUACCAGCCCGGAUCAGAACAAAACCAAGUUAAUACGUCUUCUUGGGCCGAUUCCGGAUUCACAGAUCUGGGUAAUUACACUUCGACCCAGGGCUACCCUCCCGCUAGCGCCGCACCGAAGAGCCCCGAGCGGUCUCCGCCGGAGAGCCCGGAGCCGCACGCCUACAGCGGCCACGGCCAAUACCAAAGCACCGGGCUGGUCUACCUCGGUGAUAGUGAGGCAAGCAGACUUCGUUUAACGGGACAAACUCGUGAAAAUGAGGCCAGACGGACUGGAAGUGACUCCGCCAGCGACUCUGAGCCGCAAACUUCACCAGAUUCCUGGAGCUGUGGCAGUAGUGGUGAAGGCUGUCCCCCUCAGGCUGACCCUGCCACAUGGGCUCACAAGGUUGACCUGGACGAUGAGACCAGCAGCAGAAGUCCUGACUCUAAUGAAGACGUUCCCAAUAACGAGGAGCCCCAAACCUACCGCAUUCUUGGCAAUGAGGCUGCUAAUAUUACAACCACUUCUGCACCUUUAAUCGCCCCAAAGAAUCAAAGCACUACCAAAGGGAAGGUCCGGGCCUCUUUCUCAGAGAGCCAGAUGAACACUCUGGCUCAGCGCUUCAAUGUGCAGAGGUACCUCACUCCAGCAGAAAUGAAAAAUUUGUCAGAAGUUACAGGACUGACCUACAAACAGGUGAAGACGUGGUUUCAGAAUCGAAGAAUGAAGCUUCGAAGACACCAGAAGGACAACAGCUGGGCAUCAGAGCGGUACACUAUUAAGGACAAUACAGGACAAGGGGCUGUGUUCACUAACCUCUCCUCGCACAUGCAGUCUUACGAAGGACAGAACAGACCGGUGCUGAACCAGCAGGUGAUUGAGGCAGCCUUGAAGAAAACUGCAACCCCGAAUCUGGCCUUUUACCUGGCUGCAGUGGGAGGAGCAACUGGGUCUACAGGUUACCCCGCCUGGUCAUCAAACGCCCAAAAUGCCCUGCAUGGUAGACAUCAGGCCCCGAGCUGGUCCUUGCCU